AUGGCACUAUCCUACGAUGAACUGUUUUGUAUAUUCUCUCGAUUACCUGCAAAAGCUAUUUACAAAUUCAGUUGCGUUGACAAGUUUUUUUCAAAACUUCCAAAAGAUGCCUAUUUUGCAUUGAGACAAGCACAAAAUGCAUUGCGAAGGAAUGAUACAUGUUUUUUCAUUCAACCUGAUAUUCCUAUUAAGGCCUUGGUAUAUUGCAGUCUGCAAGUUGAAUUACACCAAUUACCUGGCGAGGAACUAUCAUCUGGAGUCUCUAAAAAUGUUUUGAGAUAUUUUUGUAAUUCUUCUGUCAAGAUCUUGGGUUCAAACAAUGGUUUGCUUCUUUGUUGUGUUUCACAUGAGGAGCAACUGAAGCUUUUCAUUAGAAAUCCAGCAACACAGUCUCACUUGCUAAUUCCUACUCCUAUGCAGAUGCAAAAUCGUAGUGAUAUUUAUGAUCACAGGAUUGGAUUUCAUUCUGACUUAGAUGGUAGUUAUAUGGUGUAUCUUUUUGUUGACGAUGUACUUGAUUGGUCUUCAUAUUUUGUUUGUAUGGUAUAUCAUUCCAACCAAGGAGUGUGGAAAACAAAGGAAGGGAAAUUUUUCAGUGGCAAUAGGAGUCUGAGAUUUGACAUGCCUGUACAUCAUAGAGGAGCAGUUCACUUUAUCUCAGAUUGUUUUCCUUACUUAAUAAAAAGUAGUCCUUAUUUCAUACCAUACAUUAUGUCUUACAAUUUUGAGAAUGGGACAUCAAGAAUGAUGAGGGUACCUAAAGAAGCAAGAAAGGGCUCUCAUGACCCCAGUUGUGACAUGAGAAUUUUCAAAUGGGGCAAUGUUAGUUACUCAAGUCAGGAUGAGUCAAUUUGUGUGGUGAGAUUGAGAAAACAAGUGUUUACAGUGUGGGCUUUGAGACAACAUGAAUCAAGUUUGUGGAAGAAGGUUUUGAAAAUAAGAAUAAAGGCAAUGGGGAUAGAGGCCAAAGAUCCUUCUCAAAUAAUAGUCAAAGAUUUCAGUGUAUUAAAUGGUCAUCUUCUGGUCUUUGCCACAAAAGACAAACUUUAUGCCUAUGGUUUAAAUGAUACAAGAAUUCACAAAAUUUGGGAACAUCAUUCUCAAUUCAACCAUCUACGAUUCACUUCAUACAAGGAUACAUUACGCAAGUGCGAUCAUGAAAUUAAACAUUUGUCUCUUCUUUCCAAUAUGUAA